AUGGCAAUAUGUGCACCUAUUGGAAAUCAUCCCAUUCAUAUCAACACUUUGUAUGAUUUUAUGUACAUGAUGCUGCUAAGAUACAUUGGAUUUCAAUUUGAGCAUAUUAACAAGUAUAUUCAAAAGUUAGCAGAGCAAAAGAAAGUAGGAUAUGCAUGGGCAAAUUCUACUUUGUCCUUGACUCACCGACACGUAGCUGGCACCAAAAUAUUAUCUAAACAAAAUAUAUGGAUUUUAAUGCAUAUUCAUCUCGAAUUAUGUUCGAUAUCACGCGAAUUAAACAUGAUAUUUGGAUUACAAAUGAUGAUGCAAAAAUUCCAAAAUUGUUUAAAGAGAUUUGAUAUUAUCGACAACACAUUACUUAAAUUAGGAACAAUAACAGAUUAUGAAAAGCUACGCAGAAAAGUAAUGUGGUAUGCCUUAGGAUGGAUCGUCAUAGUUAUAUUAACAACAUACUGCGCAAGUUUAAUAUUGAAAGAAGAACAUGAUGGGGUUAUUGCAUCAACAAUAUACACGGGAUUAAAAUUUGAUCAAAUCAAUGAACAUAUUCGGAAUUUGAUGAAAAAUCAGAAACUCAAAAUAACACAGGCUUGGAAAAAUAACAGAAUAUAUCCUCAUCAAGACAGAUUUUCGAAACCAUUAAGCAGCAAAUGCAUAAUGUGGAUCACAAUGUAA